ACUUGUUGUGACGCGUCGAGGAAGUUGUAGUCAUGGGAAGAACCUGUUGUAUUGUUGGAUGUAAUGUCCGUUCACACGAUCGACUUGGCAAGAAAUUAGACAUGGACUUUCUUUUUAUUGUUUUCCGGCCUGGAAACAUAAUGAAGGGAGUCAUGUGUCCGAUGUAACCAAGCGGAGACGGAUGGCCUGGAUAUCCGCCAUAAGACGCACGGACAUACACUUCGCAGACAUCCCAAGAUCAUUAAAAGUGUGUUCCAAGCAUUUUCAUUCAGGUAAACCAGCAUAUGAGAUGGACGAGUCUCAUCCAGACUGGGCUCCAACCCUGCACCUGGGUCACUCUGAAGUCACAGCCACAGUGUCAGAUCGGCAUGCCCGCAGACAACAUAGACAUAAUUUGAGAGAAUCUGAGGGAGGAGGCCAAACUGAACAAAACAACAUGAACGAAGAUGAGAGAGAUGGAGUCCAAGAAGAUGCAGAAGAAGAGGGAUAUGGGGAUCAAGCAGAGGCAGGAGCUGCGGAAGAGGAGGAAUAUAGAGAACAGACAGAAACAGACAAACCAGCUGCUAAGAGACUAAGAGCAGAAUGCCAGUUCUGUGAGCAAAGCAGUGCAGAACUAUCCCGUCUUUUGCAGGAAAAUAGGGAGCUUAGGUCUGAGUUAAACAAGUUUAAGAUGGAUGAAGAGUUUUUCAAAGAUAAUACAGAGAAGGUACGAUAUUAUACAGGACUUCCAUGUUUUGCAAUUUUGUUGUCAAUGUUUACUACUGUUAAGCCCUUCCUGCCAGUUGCAAAGAAGCUUUCACAAUUUCAAAUGGUUUUACUGACACUCAUUCGUCUAAGGCUUGAUCUUCCAAUCCAGCAUCUUUCACACAUUUUUAAUGUGUCACGUAGAACUCUUUCUGCUACCUUUGCCGACACCAUAGAUGUGCUGUAUGCACGCCUUACUCCCUUGUUGUACUGGCCUGAGAGACACUGUUUACAAGCCACAAUGCCACAUCAAUUUUUGGAAGCUUUUGGAAAGCGUGUUGCGAUUAUUGUUGACUGUUUUGAAAUACGUACAGAGAGGCGUCAAAUUUAAUGGCGCGGGCACAAUCCUUUUCCCACUACAAAGGUACACACACAAUGAAAUACUUGAUAGGAAUUAAACCCCAAGGCCAAAUUUAAUUUAUUUCAAAUGGAUGGGGGGGACGAGCAUCUGACAAGCACAUAACCGAGAAUUGUGGGCAUCUUAACAAACUGUUGCCUGGCGAUUUAGUGUUGGCAGACCGAGGCUUUGAUAUUAAAGACAGUGUGGGAAUGAUGUGCGCGGAAGUUAAAAUUCCUGCAUUCACUAAACGCAGAUGUCAACUCGAUGCUAAGGAUGUGGAAGACACACAUGCUAUAGCACACCUUAGGAUACAUGUAGAAAGGGUAAUAGGUAGCUUGCGCAAUAAAUACACACUAUUACAUAACACAAUACCAAUUAGUUUGUUGCUUCCCUGUAAGGAUGAAGAAUUUACCCUUCUUGAUAAGAUAGUUAAUGUUUGCUGUAUUCUAGUUAACAUGUGUCCAAGUGUUGUUGUAAGGCCAGAUGAAACAGAAAAGUGUGCAUGUUGAAUAGUAGAAAUUUUUGGUUUCUAUUUGGUGUGUGCUAGUGUGUAUGAAUGUGUGGUACCCUCCUGAGAUUGAACAUGUUUGUAUUUGGUGUGUGUGUGUACCUUCCUUAGAAUGUACAUGGUAUGCUAUUUGUACAUUAAAUACUUCAGAUGAAAAUGGAUGACAAUUUGAGCAUUAAAAACAUUCUUUUUUAAUAAUAAAAAAUCUCCUGCA